AUGGAGCUGCUCAUGUCGGAAAUUGCUUUUGGAAACCAAGAGUCCCAGAGUGUCAAUUAUAAGACUGUCAUCCAGCGGCUAGAGCAAAGAUUAAUUCGCAAUGAUUGGUCAUGGUUGAAUGGAGAAGAAGAUUCGUAUAAAGCUGGGGUUACUACUCAAGUCAUAGCAGUCAGCCUCGAGGCAAGACAGCAGCUGAAUGAGGGCGGUCCUCUGAUAGAUGAAAUAAUAGAGUGUGAACGAGACAUCAUAAGACAACGAAGAGAGGCAUUUGAUCCUGCCAAGCAGUUGGGCCAAAUGAAAGUGUACCUGACUCUCUUGGAGUGGUACAUGAAGGUAUGCAAAGCAAACGGCCAGGGUCCUGGUUACUAUGACAGCUUUAAAAGUGCACGAGAAAGGCGUGACAAUGGAGUUGAUAAGUACAAGACAAUCCUCUCGGAUUACUGGGAGCGUGUGGUCAAAGAAGCGGAGAAGAAGCCUCAAAUAUGGGGCAAGCCCCUGCGGCGCCGUUACCUCUUUGGAGGGACAAAUUACUGCAGGAUAGUGGAACCACUGGACAUAGGGGAAUAUUACAAAAGGGGCCGAAAGGAUUACAUUAAUCGAGGAAGAUCAAAACACUACAAGCUGCUAGAGGAUUGGCUGGGCGAUCAUCUGAAAAAUAGUCUGAAAAAUAAUCCCAAGGACGAGGCUGGUCUUUCGGAUUCGAAAUUGAAAAACAUUGAGUCAAUUGUGACGAAGGAUUCGUGCUUUUGGGCACGCGUGGAGGAGGCCAUCCGGUUGAGCAGAUUGCUGGAAAGCGGAGGAACGUCAAAUAGGUCCAAAAUAGCGAAUCUAAUGGAGUUUGAGGAAUAUGUUAUGGGUCUGAUCAAGGAGUACAAGGUUUCGCCUGACAUAUUUUUGGAGAAAAGCAGCUAUAUGCAAUGGUGGAGGGAGUAUGUGCAGAUCCUGGAGAAGCAAAUGAUGGGUGAUUCUCACAAUUCACAGCUUGUUGCUUUCAUGAGGGAGGGGCGCUACAAAAAUUAUGCUGAAGGCUCCCCAAGCAUGUUUCAAGAAGUAGCCAAAAUCUCUCCACCAUUUCCUCCCCGUUGUCUUACCCUUUCCCUGCUCCUUGUCCUUUCCCUUUUCCAUUUCUCUAAGUAA